AGAUAUAAUUUUUCAUUGUUUACUUUUCGAAUUUGCAUUUUUACCUGGUAAGGCUUCUUCGCGCAAAUAAAACGAAGGUGACCGGUGCGACAUAAUCUACGAUAAGCAUUUCUAUAAAGGGAUAAUUUCCGCUUAUCGUGCAAAAAAGGGGAAAAAAGUGUGCCAGUAUCCCUAGCUGCCUAUACAGUUUUUGUGCAACAGUGAAAAAUGGGAACCAAAACCAAAUAAGGAUCUGCCCGAAUGAGCUGGAUGUAUGACGCGGAGGAAGUUGCACACUUCAAGCAAAUCGCUACCUCGCAGAGGAAAAUUCCAAAGAUAAUGGCGUUGAAUGGUUUUCUGGAGUUUUUUCAGCGGGAGAAGACUUUUCGUCCCAAGAAAAAGUUUACGCAAGGAACUAUACGUUAUUCGCUUCAUAAGCAAGCUCAUGCUAGUCUGCAAUCAGGGAUCAACCUGAGGGAAGUGGUCAGGCUACCUGCGGGGGAAAAUAUGAACGAUUGGCUUGCGGUACAUGUCGUGGAUUUUUUCAAUAGAAUUAAUUUAAUUUAUGGUACAAUAUCGGAGUACUGCAACGUAACUACCUGUCCCACAAUGAGCGGUGGAUCCAAGUACGAAUAUCUCUGGGCUGACGGCGAGAUUUUCAAAAAACCAGUACAAUUACCCGCUCCACGGUAUAUUGAAUUACUGAUGGAUUGGGUGGAAAAUCAAAUCAACAAUGAAUCACUUUUCCCUGUGUCAACCGACGUGCCAUUUCCGAAAACUUUUCCCACUUUGUGCAAGAAAAUAUUGGCUAGACUAUUUCGAGUUUUUGUGCAUGUUUACAUUCAUCAUUUCGAUCGAAUCGUCAGUAUUGGAGCGGAGGCUCAUGUCAACACGUGCUAUAAGCAUUUCUAUUAUUUUAUUCAAGAAUUCGAUCUGAUGUCAGCCAAAGAAUUGGAACCACUAGCCGCGAUGACAGCGCAAAUGUGUAAGGAUUGAGCUGAUAGUGUGGGCUAUAACCGAAGAAGCUGAAAUAUUAAAGAAGCGAUGAUAUGCUCAUUCUAUUCGCCUUAAAAUUGCUUUUCUAGCCAUAGUCAAAUUCAAGGGGUUUAUUCAAAUAUUGAAACAGUGAGCGUAAAUUCGAACGGUUUUGUCGCUUCUUUUAUGUUUUAAUUUCUUGGAGACAGAUGACUUAUUCUUGAGAAAACUACGAACAUCAAUUCUGAACUGUAAUAUAGGUUGUUGAUAGUUGAGGAUGAAAUGUAAUAAAAUGAGACUUGCGCAUG